AAGUACUACUACUAUUGCUACCGCAUGUAAAGUGAAGUAAGUGGCUGCCCAUGUGUUUAUGGAAUAAUGCUGAAAUUUAUUCUUCUAUGAGACUAUAUUGAUGCUAAACGCAAGCAGGAAGGAUGGCUGAAAAAAAGGAACGAGAUUUAUUUACGGUGAAAAGAAAUAAAUCUCCCAAAAAGUCAGAAAAGAGGAAGAAAGAACCAGAUGAAGACCAUUCGGAAAUAAAGAAGCUGAAGUUAUCAGAUGAAGUACCAGUCUAUUUAGAACCUCUGACAUACCAGAAUUUGCCUCCUGGGCUGGUCACCAUAGGUUGCAUAAGCAAUGUUACAAAAUACGAUUUAAGUGUGAGUCUUCCUUUCAUGAUUUAUGGAAGAGUUCCAAUAACGCGAAUAAGUCAUGCAUAUACUUCUCUUCUGAAGAAGGUAACAGAAUCAGAUAAUGUUGUUGGAGAUCAAGACGAAGUCUUUUCCCUAGAAUCUCUCUUCAAGAAAGGGCAGUAUGUGGUUACGAAAGUAGAGUCUGUUGAGAAAGCUGAGCACAUGCAUAAAGUGAACCUCUGUCUGAUACCCCAAGAAGUGAAUUUUGGUGUUGCUGCUUCUAGACUUCGAAAAGGUGUAUUGUUGCAGUGUGUUGUAGCAAGCAUCGAAGACAAUGGAUAUGCUAUGGAAACAGGCAUUUCAAAUGUAAAAGUAGCAUUUUUGAACAGAGCACACGCUGAAGGUGCAGGGAUUGUUGGUGUUGGCAGUGUAGUGUGGUGUAUAAUUACAAAGGUGAAGACUACUGAAGAAGGGAAUACUGUGCAUCUCAAGUUAAGUGCAAUUCCCAAUGAAGUGAAUGAAGCCUCCUGUGAUGUCACAUAUACAGAUGACCUUUCUCUGCUUCUUCCUGGAACAGCCAUUUCAACAACUGUCACUAUGGUUAAAAAGCAUUACAUGAGGCUACUCUUGGCUGAAUCUGAUGGAAUUGUGGAUCCACAUCAUCUUCAGUCACCAUUAGACCAACUUGACAGUUAUGAAGUUGGUCAGAAAGUCAAAGUACGGGUGAUGUACAUAACUCCACUUUCAAGAGUAGUUCAUCUUACCUUACAGAGUAAGAUAUUCACAGAGAAGUCAAAUGGAGAGCUGCUGCAUGGCUUUAAUAUAGGAGAUAAAAAGAAAGGCCAAGUGAUUGAAAUUCAGAGAAAAGGCAUCUUUUUCAAGAUAGGAAAUUGCUGUGCAUUCUGCUUGAGAAAGAAUUUGAAUGAUAAGGUUACAUCAAUUGAACAGGAUACCCUUGAUUUUCCCAUUGGAUCUGAACAUGAUCUCUGUGUCACAUCUUAUCAUUAUAUGGAUAAAGUAUUUGUAGUUUCACCCCAGAAAUCCCUGCUAGAACAACAAUUUGUAGGCUUGUAUGGUGUGAAGGAGGGCCAGGUGUUGAAGGUAACUAUCAAAAGUUAUCAACCUGACAAGGCCAUUGUUAGUGUAGGCAAGAAUGUAGAUGGAGAAAUACCAUUUUUACACCUCACUGACAUGGCUGUGGAACACCCUGAGAAGAAGUAUGCUGUAGGAAGUCUUAUCACAGCAAGAGUGCUAGAAGUUGUACCAGAAAGGAAGCGUUUGAUUUUGACAUGCAAAAAACUUUUAGUAAAUUCAAAAGAAACUCUUUUAACUGAAUAUAAUAAAAACUUUGAGGGCACUCUUGCUAAAGGCUUCAUUGUUCAGAUCAAGUCUCAGGGAUUGCUUGUGAAGUUUUUUGGUGAUGUUAAAGGGUUUGUACCCAAAUCAAAAGCGAGUACAGAGCCUGAAGUUGACCUCUUUAAAAAAUUCUGUAUUGGGAAUGUUGUAAAAUGCAAAGUUUUAUUGGUCAAACCAGAUGAGAAGAGGAUGACACUCAGCCUCCUUUUGUAUAAGGAAAAUAAAGUGAAGACAGGGGAAAGCAAGGAAAAUAAAGUGAAGACAUGGGAAAGAAAGGAAAAUAAAGUGAAGACAGAGAGCGGUGCAGACGUUUGGACGCCUAAGGAUAAAAAAUCUGAAGGAUUGUUGAAUGUAGGAGCAGUAGUUGGAUGUUCUGUAUCCAAAAUUGAAAAAGACACCAUUAAAGUCAGAGUAAAACCUGGGAAUAUAAGAGCAGAAAUACCAGUGUGUCAUCUCUCAGAUGAGAAAAGUCAAAGCAAAGUAAUCAAGUCAGUUCUGUCUCCUGGAGAUAAGAUUCACAAUGCAGUUGUGUUCAGUAAAUACAAUAACAUUUACUUGUCAACAAAAAACAGUGUGUAUGAGUGGAUUUGGAAAUCUAAAUCUCUUGCUUUGGAAGCUGUAAAGGAAUCUUGUGUGUACCUAGGUGUUGUAUCUGAGAUUUUGCCCUCUGGCAUCAAUGUCUCACUUGCUGUUGAUAAGAGUGGUCAGACUGUAUUUAUCAAUUCAGAACUUCUGAGGAAUGCAACAACACUGGAGAACAAAGCAGAAGAAGAAAAAAACUUAAAUUAUACUGUUGGAGACAGUAUUAAACUGAAAUGCAAGGGAUUUGACGGUGAAAAUAAACCAAUCUUUUCCAUAGUAAAUAUGCGUCAAAAGAAAAAUAAACGUUAUCAGCUUCAGUCUUUGUAUAAGUAUCUCAUGUACCAAAAAAUUGUGCAGAAAAGUAUUUUAAAGAAAGGAUUAGCAAGUAGAGAAUUUGCAGAAACUGAAGUUGGAAACAAGUUAGAAGUUGAUGUUGUACAUGUUACUUCCCAAGGCCUGCUGGUGAAGAAUGAUGAUUAUGGUAUUUAUGGAAUAGUGUUGAAUGAACAUUUGCAACCUGGGCAAUAUUAUGGGAAAGGAAUCAGAGUGCCAGCUUGUGUUUUGUAUGUACAUAUGAAGGAAAAGUGUGCUGUACUUACAGUAAAACGUGAUUUGGUAGAUCAGUUGUAUGUUCAUGAAUUUUCUAAAGUUAAAGUUGGUCAGGAAGUUAGCAGUGAAGUUUUACUUACUCAGAAAGACUGUAUCAUAGUAAGACUGAAGUCUGGCCGUAAAGGUUUAAUUGCUUAUUUACCUCCAAAGAAGAAUGUGAGAAUUGGUCAGAGUCUCAGGGUAGUUGUACAGCAUGUUGAACAUAAGCUGGUGCUGUGUACAACCAAAGUGCAGAACAAACUGAAGUAUUUACCAGUAUUGCCUAGUCUCCCCAGUUUUCAGUUUCAAGUUCCAGAUGAUAUUUGCAAAGAAUACAAGAGCGUAGAAGAGGUUGACGAGAAAAGUGCUUUGGCAAAGAUUAAGAAAAUUAUGUCAUGUACUGGUACUGGACAGGGAAAACUUAGGAGUGAAACAAAAGUAGAUGUAAACGAGAAGAUACCUGAGAAAACAGCUAUUGGUGAAAAAAGCAAGGGAAAGAAUACAGCUUUGGUGAAGAAAGGCAGUAAGAAAAAGAAGACAGCUAGUGUGGGUGAUUCUGCUAAAGACAUUAUUGCCAUAAAGAAGGGACUGUGUGAUAAGGGUAGCGAUGAUAGUGGGGUGGAUGAAAAUAUGGACACUGAUGACAUAACUGAAGCUUCCUGGAGUAGUAAGCCAUGUUUGAAGCUUAGCACUGGUUUUGUUUGGAAUAUACCUGAGAUUGAAGAAAAGGGUGCUAGUUCAAGUGAUAGUGAAGACGAGGAAAAGGAGGAGUUGAAGAAAAAGAAACGGAAAAAACUUACAAGGGCUGAACAGGAGCUUCUGGCUAAAGAAGAAGAGAAGAGACUUUUUGAAUUGGAAUCUGCAAGGUUAGAAAAGGAACGGUUACCCCAAUCAGCCCUAGAUUAUGAAGAACUCCUUCAGGAGAGUCCAAACUCAUCUGCCAUAUGGAUUCAGUUCAUCAGUUUCCAUCUUGAGAAUGCAGAAGUAGAUCGUGCCAGGUCUGUUGCCCAGCGAGCAUUACAAGUAAUUAAUGUUCAGGAGUUUGAGGAACGCAUUAAUAUUUGGACUGUAAUUCUCAGGUUAGAAGUUUUAUAUGGGACUGAAGAAUCCCUCAGUAAAGUCUUUGGUGAAGCCUUGGCCACUAAUGACCCACUUAAAAUCUACAUAGCUAUGGCAAUGGUCUAUGCAGAAAAUAAUAAAAUCAAGGAAGCAGAGGACACCUAUUACAAAGUGACCAAAAAAUUUAGCCAAACUUUUGAUGUUUGGAUAAAGGCAGGUAUAUUUUUCUUCAAGAACAACAUGUUGGAAGAAGGGCGAAAAUAUAUGGACCGUGCAUUACUGUCCCUUCAUAAAAGUCAUCAUGUGAAUUUGAUCAAUCGGUUUGCUCAACUUGAGUUCCAGUUUGGGGAGAUUGAGAGAGCACGAACCAUGUUUGAGAGCCUACUGAGCAAUUAUCCAAAACGCAUGGAUAUGUGGAGUGUGUAUGUUGAUUUGCUGUGGAAAAGAGGAGAUAUAGAAGGUGCAAGGCAAGUUUUGGAACGCAUGACCAGUUUAAAGUUAAGGUUGCGACAAAUGCGUACAGUUUUCAAGAAGUUUCUGGAAUUUGAAAAAAUUCAUGGUACUCCUCAGAGUGUGGAAUCUGUUAAAACAAGAGUUAAAGAGUAUGUUGCUGCAUCACUUCAAGAAUAAUCUUAUUUACUAUGUUCUUCAGGCAUGGUUCUAAUUGAAGAACAAAAUGUAUGUAUAAUGGUUGCAUGAAUAAAAGGAAUGUAAAUAA